AUGUUAAUAACACGCGGCAUCUCCCUCGUCAACUUCGCCGUCGCCUCGUCCGCGCUGGCCUUCCAGGUCUUCGUCCUGUAUCCCUGGCACAACCAGCUCGACGAGGAGUUCAAAGCCCUCAAGACGGAACACCGGCAGCUCCUGCAGCAGCUGCGUAUCGCCAACAAGUGA